AUGGCGACUCUUGCAGAAGAUUUGAUGAAAAAGUUGGAGGAAUUCAUGAUUCGACAGGAACAGAGCAAUAAAGAGAUUAAAGGGGCGAUUGCAGACUUACAAGCUAAAUAUGUGUCCCUGGAAGAAGGUUUGUCAAAACAGACAAACUCUAAAAACAGAUCAGAAGCUAGCGUGGAGGAAGAAGGUGAACAACAAUUUGAAGACAACGAAGAACCCAACAAGGGUAAAGGCAAGGGUAUUAAUUUGGUCGCGCAAGACAAAAGGGGAUUCAUAUCCUCAACGGGGGUAGGACGAGGACGAGGAGAGUUUGGGAUAAGCCCUAACAAUGCAGGGAAGGGGUUUGCAAUAAACCCUAACGGCACAGGGAAGGCACAUGAAUCAGAAUCAUGGAGGAGUACUUACCAACCGAAGUUCAAAUAUAAGUGGGAUCCUUUAAAAGAUGAAGUCAAUGGGUAUAAAGCAACUAGGGUGCCGAAAUUCACAAAGAUGGAGUUUCCAACUUAUGAUGGCAAGGACGAACCCCUGGCUUGGCUACAGAAGUGCGAAGAUUUCUUUGAAGAACAACAAACUCCAAUUGAAGCAUGGGUUCGUCAGGCAACCUUUGUUAUUCAAGGUAAGGCAAGCGACUAG